UCAUGCUGUGUGUGUUCUUCUGCAAUUUGCUUUCCUGUUCAACCUCACAUGUGUCAGGAUGGGCCACGCUGGUGUAUGUAGCUGCAGUUUAUUCAUUUUCUCUGCUGCGUAGUACUCCGCUAGACUAUAACUGCAUAGUCAGCUGCUGUCGUGGUUUAUCCUUUCUCCUGGGACAUGACAUUAUUCGAUUUUCUAAUGUUGAAUCAACUCUACAUUCUUGGAGUAAACCUUUUUAAAAAAUGUUGGAUUCCAUUAGCUGAUAUUUUGUGUAGGAUUUUUGUUUCUGUGCUAGCAGAUCAAAUUGACCUAUCAUUUUCCUCUCCUGCCUUGUCGCUUUUGGGGUCAAGAUUACAGAUUCCUCAUAAAAUGACCUGGGGAGUGUUUCUCCUCCUUUUACUCUCAGGAGCACUUGUGUAAGAUGGAGAAAACCAUGGAAAGAUUUUGUCAGUGUAGCUGCCAUAUCAUCAUCCUUCUGCAGCCCCACUCUUGGUACAGAAUCUUGAAUUUUUUUUGCAUGUACCUUCCCUCCAAAAAGCAAACACGUGCCUCCCCCAGGAGUACCUCAAAUUGACAUGCUCACAGCCUACUUAGAAAGCUGCAUUUCUGGUUUUUUACAGGUGGAUCCUUAACUCAAGAUUUUAGCAUGAAGAGUUGUUGUCAGGCUUGCCUGGAGGCUCCCUAGGUAACAACAGACCCCCCCAGCCGCGGCUGUCCACGCGGGAUGCCUCACAUUUGCUUGACACCAUCCCUUGAGAGUCUGGCUGCUGUUUUUUCAGCGUGGCGCUAGGGAUUUAGCGCAAGGCGUUUAAGGGGUUUUUGGUGCUGCCGGUGCUGCUGUUUUUUAUUUAUUUAUUUUCUCUCUUUGAACCCGGGCCUUGCCCCGCUCCCGCUGGCAUGAUGGCCCAGUCCAAGGCCAACGGCUCGCACUACGCGCUGACUGCCAUUGGCCUGGGGAUGCUGGUCCUUGGGGUCAUCAUGGCCAUGUGGAACCUGGUCCCCGGGUUCAGCGCUACCGAGAAGCCAACCGCUCAGGGGAACAAGACGGAGAUAGGGAGCAGCAUUCUCAAGAGCAAGACCUUCUCUGUAGCCUAUGUGCUGGUCGGGGCCGGGGUGACGCUGUUGCUUCUCUCCAUCUGCCUGAGUAUCCGUGACAAGAGGAAGCAGCGGCGCGGUGAGGAGCUGGCGCACAUCCAGCACCCGGGGGUCGAGCCUCAGGCCCACGAGGAAGACAGCCAAGAGGAGGAGGAGGCCUCCUCAAGGUACUAUGUCCCCAGCUAUGAGGAAGUAAUGAGCACAAACUACUCAGAAGUGAGGGAACCGGACCAGAACCCCAGGAUGAGCAUCUCUCUCCCUUCCUACGAGUCCUUGACGGGGCUGGAUGAGACAAGCCCCACCACAACCAGGGCUGACGUGGAGACCGGCCCGGGGAACCCCCCCGACAGGCAGAACUCCAAGUUGGCCAAACGCCUGAAGCCGCUGAAAGUUCGAAGGAUAAAAUCCGAAAAGCUUCACCUCAAAGACUUUAGGAUCAACCUGCCAGACAAAAAUGUGCCUCCUCCGUCCAUCGAGCCUCUGACUCCCCCGCCACAGUAUGAUGAAGUCCAAGAGAAGGCCCCCAACUCCCGGCCCCCGGACUGACGACCCCUCCCGGGCGUGUUCCCUCCUGUCACUCAACCUCCACGCCAACAGAUCCCGAAUGAAGCCACUCAGCCACCGUUGAGAAGGGGAGGGGCCAGGUGUGUACUUAGCAAUUUGGACGGGGCCGGGGGGUGAGGGGUUCUGGGAUUCAGGAGCGACUCUGCGGCCCCCAGGACCUCACAUAGUAGGCGCAUCGGAAAGAGCUGCUGCUUCGGAUCUCGUGAUGCUGUGACCCCAUCAAGGGAUGGCGCCGGCAUCUUCCCCCUUGUCCUUCCGCGACUCUGAAUCGCCAGCGAUGACACUCCUUGUUCCGAUUAGGAAAGGAUACCUAUCAGCUGGUUUAGAUUGUGGUUUUGUUUUGCUUCCACUAGGACUGUUUUGUUUCCAAAAGAAAACAAGUUAUGCCUUCGCUUUUUCCCCGGUAUCCUGAACUGAGGGUAGGAAAGAUGACCCGCUUUAUAGAAAGGACACGGGCCCGUUUUGUGAAUUAAGCCGAAUGAGAGGCUGGGUGAUUACCCUGGGGUGAGACCCAGGUGGGGUUCUCAGAGCCCCUGAUGCCGUCAGUUCUUUUGAGGGCCCAAAGCCUGAGGAUGCAUAAGGUCCUAGUUUUAAUUGGUAGACUUUGCUAGUCUCUCCUGUGUAAUGGCAGAAAAAGGAAAGCCGUCUGGGAUGCUCUGUUCCUUCUAAAAUGCCUUGCAACUGAGCUUUUUGUAAUAAAAUAUUUUAUAUGUCA